AAACGAGAAAGGGAACUUUCGUACGAAGGAAAGUUCCAAGCGGCUCCUUCGUUGCCAAGGGAAAGACCGGCGCAAAAGUUUCUCGCCGUUUUCAUUUUCCCUCUCUUCAACUUUCGCAAGAGUUUUUCCGGCGAGUUUUCUGGCAAAGUUUCCGGCGAAGUUUAAUCAGUAUGUGGGUAGAGAUUGUAUGUGGCUUGGUAGUUUACAGGCUUUUCAGCCGCUUCUUAUUCAAAGACGAUGAAUUCGAGCCUCAAACACUCUUUGAUUCCACUUUCGCCAUAGCUAGCAGCCUUGAGAAGCUUUAUGGUGGGAAAGUAUACACUGGACUUCGAAUCCCUGACGCAGAGAAUGGGAAUUUUCAGGAGAUUGAUAUGGUUCUCGUUACCAAAGGGGAAGCUAUGGUUAUUAUGGUUAAGGAUAUUUCGGGAUUUGUGGAUACUGAGCCUUCAGGUAGCUGGGUUUGCAUGAGUGGGAGUAAGCAGCACGUGGACAGGCAUCUUAAUCCUGUGGAGGAGACUAGAAAGCAAGUUUCGAUUCUCGAGUCUUACUUGGAAAGGAGAGGAGUACUUUUACCAGAGGGAUACUUGAAUUGUAGAGUUCUACUUCCAAAUCCCAAUUGCAGGGUUGCAUAUCGCCUAGAUGUGUUACCAGAGGUUAUUUCCUAUGAAAAAUGGUUGCAGUUGAAGCCAGGAUCUAAAUUUGGCUUUUCUAAUUGGAUGAAGGAUGCUUUUCUAGGAACCAAAAAAGAUAUUCAGAAUGGCCUGGAUCAAAAGCUUCAUUUUGUUCUUGGCUCAGCUCCAAUGUGGGAUAGGUUGGAGCUUAAUGGAAGCAGACAACUUCUUGGAAAAUUUGAAGGUUUCAAAGGGAAGCAGGAAGAUAUGCAAACUCUGCAGAUUGUGAAGAGGUCCAAAGUGAGCAAGGUGUUAGUCAUGAAGUCAACAAUGUUUGGGUUUCUAGGGCGAAAAUUGCAUGUGCUCUAUACUUUUCGUGAUUAUCGAGGGGAAAGCGGAUCUGCAUCAGAAUGGAAGGAGUGCACUGUGAAGCCAAAUAUGGAGAUAUUGUUCCAACCAAGGGACACAAAGAAAACCAGAAAGCUCAGGCUUGCAUCAGUUGUAUCUUUGUCACUCAGUGCAUGAGAGUCACUCAUAGAGUUUCAAGCCUCUACUGGCAAAGUUGAAAGCAGUCAUUUCAUUCUUACUCCUCAGAGUAGCCAACAUGUAUAUUUGGUUGAAAAAGGAAGCAAUGAGAAUGAAAUCGAGUAAAUCCUGGAGUGCUCAUGCGUUUAUAUGAGGUUUUAUUACUAAAAAUGUAUUAAGAGUGUGAUAAUUUUCUUGCAUCAGAAAUGAAGAAGUGGGAAGAAAAUGUAACAUUAUGGAAUGAAGGUGAUUCCGAGGAAUCCUUUUCUCUCCCCAGUGUAUCUUGAAUUUAUUAGGUGAUGCUCUUAAAAGACUUUUUUUUU